AUGGCCGCCCCGCAAGCACCAGACCCCCCCACCCCCUCCACCCCCCAAACAACCCUCACCGCAUUCUGGAACACUUUCAUCGCCAAAACCCCAGGCAAAGUCACCACCAUUUUUCCCCAGAGCCUCUAUGCGGAUCUCCUCCCGUCGCAGCGGGAAAGCCCGGGCCAAUCGUCCGCGCGCAAUGCAGCGGAGAGCUACGAGGCGGCCGCCCGCCAGUGCCGGGCGGAGGUCCAGCGCAUCGUGCGGGAGUGCCACCGCGUGAAUGAGAAGUUCACGGACCCGGAAUUCGACCUUGAGAAUGAUCGCGAGUUGGAGCUGUGGAACUGUCUGCGCGGGUUGGUGCGGGGGGAGAAAUUUGGCGGGGAGGGGAGGGGUGUGGAUAUGGGUGUUGCACGAGGGAGGAAUGGUGCUGCUGCACGAGGUAGGGGCAGAGUGGGGAGACAGGGGGUAAGGGGGUUGGGUACGAAGGCGGAUGACGACUGGCGGUCCAGCAGCAGCUCCUCCUCUUCCUCCGAUGACAACACGGACGAGGAAGAGGGCAUGCCCGGCUCCGUCCACCGCGUCGACUGGAUCUUCGAGGACCCCCGGUUCACGAUCGACGGGUACUCCAACACGGACAUCAAGCAGGGCGCCAACGGCGACUGCUGGUGGCUGGCGGCGGUAGCAACGAUCUGCAACCGGCCGGACCUGAUGGAGCGGAUCUGCCUGGCGCGCGACGAGGAGUGCGGCGUCUACGGCUUCGUCUUCUACCGCGACGGCGAGUGGGUGUCGACCGUGGUGGACGAUAACCUGUACCUGGCGCACGAGGACUUUGACUUUUACGGCGAUCGCUACGACAGCACCGGCCGGCUGGCCCGGCAGUACCGCAAGCGGCACCAGACGGGCUCCGAGGCGCUGUAUUUUGCCAAGUGCUCCGACGCCAAUGAGACCUGGCUGCCCUUGCUGGAGAAGGCGUAUGCCAAGGUGCAUGGCGACUACGAGGCGCUCUCCGGCGGUUGGUCCGGCGAGGCGGUCGAGGAUAUGACGGGCGGCGUGACGACGACGAUCGCGACGAACAAGGUGCUCAAUAAGAAUACCCUGUGGAGGGAGUUGGUGAAUGCGGAGCGGGAUUUUGUGUUUGCUGCGUCGGCGCUGGGGUCGGGCAGAGACUGGACGCGCGGGGGGCUGGCGCUGGGGCAUGCGUACUCCAUUCUCCGGGCGACGGAGGAGGAGGACGAGGAUGGGAAGAAGGUGCGGCUGGUGCUCGUCAGGAACCCCUGGGGCGAGAGGAAUACCGGCGGGGUCGGGGAGUGGAAUGGCCCCUGGAGCGAUGGCUCGCGCGAGUGGACCCCCUACUGGCUCCAGAAACUGCAGCACCGAUUCGGAGACGACGGCAUGUUUUGGAUGGCAUAUGAGGAUCUGCUCUCGACGUUCGUGUUUCUGCACCGGACGCGCAUCUUCGACGAGACGUGGACAGUGGUCCAGCGGUGGACGAGCGUCAGCGUCCCUUGGAUUGAAGGGUAUCUUCGAACCAAGUUCGUGGUCGAGAUCAGGGCAGCUGGCCCCGUGGUUUUCGUUCUCUCUGAAGUUGAUAAACGCUAUAUGAGAGGCCUUGAAGGGCAGUACGACUUUGCGCUGCACUUCCUCCUUCAGGAGGAGAAUGCGAAACCCGGAGAGCACCUGUUGCUUGUCCGGCCGGUUCAGUGCCGGGGCAAUCGCUCGAUCAGUGCGGAGGUUAAGCUUGAGCCUGGCAGAUACGAGAUCCUUAUCAAGCUUCUCGCAACCAGAGACUCUGACCAGAAGAACGUGGAAGAUGUGGUGAAGGAGUGGGUGGAGAAAAAUCCCCAGAAGCUGAAACAAGUUGCCAUGAAUUACGACCUGGCGAAUGCUAAAGUUCAAUCUGGAAAGCAGAUUGAAGCUCAGAGCAUUGAGGCCACAAACGCGACCGGUGAUCCUGGAAAGGAAGAAGCUAGCAAGAGUGAGGCUGGCCAGGGUGACGCCGUUCAGGAUGAGAUCGGCACAGAUGGAGCUGGCAAAGAUAAGUCUGAACUUACUGAAUCUGCAAACGAUGAGCCUGCGAACGAUCAGUCUGUCAAGAAGGCAGACGAUGAAAAAGCAGAAAACAGUCUGCACGACUCCAGCAAAGAGGAGAAUUGCAAGAGAGAAGGUCACGCUGCAGAGCCUUCACCUGCAGUGCUCCCAGCACCCGGUUCAUCAAGAAGGGUUCAUGAGGGGAAGGGCAAAGACGUUGAAAAGCAUCACGAAGACAAUGUGCAAGAAGAUACAAAGCACCUUGACAAGCAGGAUGAAGACAAUAGGGAUAAUGAGAAGAAGCAUGAUGGCAAACGGGAUGAAGACAACCAGCAAGAUGACAAGAAACACCAUGACAACAAGGAUGUUGACAAAAAAGACGACAAACAAGACGAUGACAAGAAAGACCAAGAUAAGGAAGAAGCAACUCCGCAUGAGCAGGCAGUUGAUACAGAUGGAAGUUCACCAUCGCCCUGGAAUGCAAUCUGCGUGCUUGGCUUGCGGGUCUAUGCCCGUGAUCCUCAAGUUAGCAUCGAGCUUGUGAGGUAG